UUUCCCUGCACUCUCAUCAAGAGCUGCAUGUCAUUCAUGUCAUAGCCAACCUGCUGCAAUAAAAAAGUAACAAUUCCUCUAUAUACUACUAAAACAUCCAAAGCUUUCUACGUUUACCCUUUAUAAGCGCGCGUAAGUAUAUUUCUCCUUUUAAUCCUUCUUAACUCGCUCGCAAAACAGCUGGAGGGCUUUUAGAGCAGCUUGUGUGACUUUGUUAAACAUGGCUGACGACUUUGGCUUUUCCGCGUCUGACAACGGAGUUCAUGUGGAGGAGGACCCGGCCGCCGCGUUUCUGGCCCAGCAGGAGGAUGAGAUCGCCGUGAUUGAGAACGACAGCGCCGGGUUCGGUGCGCUGGAGGACGGCGGGCCUCUGCCCUCGGACACGUACACGACCAAUGGAGGUGAAUUUGUGGGAGCACCAGUGACUGCUGUGAACGGAGAUAUGUUUCAAGACAACAACGGCACAGCUGACAGCUACUCAGCUAUUGCUCAAGUGGACAUGCAGAGACAAGAACCUGAGAGUUUAUGCAAAUGGAGGGAGGAACAAAGGGCUCGGCUGGAGGAAUUAGAUUCGGCCUCCAAAGCAGCUGAGGCUGGGUGGAGGGAGAAAGCUCAGAAAGAGCUAGAGGACUGGCAUGUUCACCAGAAUGAACAGAAGGAGAAAAAUAAAGCCAACAACAGGAUUGCUGAUAAGGCUUUCUACAAACAGCCCAACUCUGAUGCCAUAGGCUUUGUAGCAUCAGAGGAAGCUUUUCUCAAGGAAUGUGAUGAUGACAGUCCUGGCACGGCGUGGGAGAAAGUGGCCCGGCUGUGUGAUUUCAACCCAAAAACCAGCCGUCAGACUAAAGACGUGUCUCGAAUGCGCUCCGUUCUCAUUUCUCUAAAACAGACGCCUCUGGCUCACUAAAAUAAGUCCCUAUUUAAUAAUGUUUUACAUGCUUUCUUUUCCUUCUUGCACUUUAAUUUAGUGAGGCUGAACACUCUUUACAAUUGCAAGUUGUUUGGAUUUUAAUGGGUCAUCGAAUGUGUACAAUGUUGUAUUUAAACUUUCUAUUUAUGUACCUUGGUGUUUUGCUGGGACAAAAGAUUUAGUUUGGCUAUUUCAUGUUUAAGAAUUUUUAAAAAAUAGAAAUGAAGUGUGCCGCAAACAUCUGACAAAUAGUGACCAGGUCAAGGAAUUUAUGUUUAUUUAAUGAAUCCUAAUGUAAAUGACAUCAUUAGAAAGCCAAUAGUUUUACCACAAUGCAAAAAAAUAUAUAAUAAUUUGGUCCAGCUUUUUGAUAUUUACAGUUAACUUUAUAUUGAUUGAUGUGACAGAACAACUUAAUUACCCACAAACCAUUUGGCAGCAUUAAUCCACUGAUGGGGUGUUCAACAGGAACCAUUCAGGAUCUACAAAGUUAUACAGAUAUCUUCACAAAACUCUACUGUUUUGUUACAGUCUAUAUACAGACAGUUUAGUUUCCAUCUCCCACCCUACAGAGUAUUCUUCAUAAAUUGUUAUCAGUAUCCAGAUUUGGUAUUAUCUGCUUUCAUGCAUUUAUGUUCACUGCCAAGAGGGAAGCCAUGUUUGUGAGCUUAAGGUUCUUGUUUAUUAUAAUUUACACAUUGCCACAUUUUCAUUGUUCUGAUGAUUAUUAGUCACAAAUGCAGCUCUUCUUUUCAUGACUGUUGUUCCCAUAGCAGUCAGCACUGGGAUA